AUGGCCGAAUUGAAAAAGCUGUUCGCCCAACGUAGCCAAGUUGAGGCAAGAGUGGACAAGCUGCGAGAACAGAUCCGAUGUGAUAGUGGCAUCCAGCCUGACUUCCUGCAAGUGAAGAAAUUUGAAAGUGAACUCCAGUGCUACUAUCAGAAGUAUCAGAGAGUGUAUGGGGACCUCCUAUCCGUUCUCCCAGCCGAAAGAUUCGAGGAGUUAGAUGAAGAUUACUGGCGCUUCGAAGAUGCCCACAAUGAAGCCUGUGUUCUGGUGGAAACCCUCUUGAUUUCCUGCCCGACCACCAGUGACAGGUUUAACAAGCGAAGGUCGUCAUCCAGCUACUCCGUGACGACCACUACAUGCUGGCUCAGCCAUCCCAACCGAAGAAGCCAGUCACCCAUCCCAACGACGGAACAGCCCGUUCCGAUUCCUGACGUGGUGGAGUGGCCACGCACGUCUUUGCCGAAAGAAACAGUGGUGAGUACGAGUGUUACCAUUCCAAUCAAGUUUGUGAAGCCGCACCGCGGCGAAGAUCCCACCAAGAAGAAGAUUUCUGUGUGUGGACCGGCCGAGGUCCAACCUGAGAGCAAGCUCGAGCGUGACUUCGCCGAUGUCACUAUUCCCGAGUCGGCAACCACGCCGACCGAAGAAGAAGUAGCAAAGCGUGAAGAUGAGGUGACAACCGUUGCCUUUGAGAAGAGUUCCUACCACACGUGCGAGAGUAAGUAUCCUUCGGUGAGCCAGGAGGAUUUCCUUGUCGGCAACGAGCCAGCCAAGUUUGUCGGCAUUCCAUCCAAAGAUCCAGAAACACCGACGUCAAGCAAAGCGCUUUCCGGAACCGAUCCGGUGGCGAACCCGUCCCGAUCUCCAUUCGAUCCGACUGGAGUUUAUCCGAAGGUGUUAACGAUUCCUACCGGAUUCCAUCCGGUGCUGAAGCCGUUCCGACCGCCACCAGGAUUCCAUCCCAAGCCCAUGCAGAUCUCGAAGCCAACCGGAUUGCCUCCGGUGUCCCAGAGUCCGACCGGAUCCCUUCCGGUACCACAGCCGCCCCAGUGCAAGGCCGGUUCCCUUCCGGCAAACCAGCAGCAACGAACUCCGACCGGUCUCCUUCCGGUACCCCAACAGUUGCAGCCCGUGACCGAAUUCCGUUCGGUAACCCCGUCGCUCCAUUCUAAGGCCGGAUCCCUUCCGGCAUUCCAACCGCAACAGAAUCCGACUGGUGUCCUUCCGGUAUCCCAGCCGUUCCAGUCUAUGACCGGUUCCUAUCCGGUAUCCCAGAAGCUGCAGUUCGUGACCGAAUCCCGUUCGGUAACCCCGCAGUUCGAGUCUACGACCGGUUCUCAUCCGGUACCCCAGCAGUUCCAGCGUGCGACCGAAUCCCAUUCGGCAACCAAUCCGAUCCUAAGGUCUACCGGAGCCAGUCCGGUGGUCGAUUCCGCCCUGAUGCCCGUCGAUACCCGUUCGGCGGCCAAGACGAUCAAGAAUUCUACCGGUACCCGUCCGGUGAAUAACUCCGAUAUGAUGUUCGUCGGUUCCAGUCCGACGGUCAAACCAACUAAGAUGCCCAUCGGUGCCCGUCCGAUGGUCAAGUCCAACGAGAUGCCUACCGGUUCCCGUCCGGUGGUCAAUUCCAUCCAGGUGUCUGCCGGUUCCUGUCCGGUGGACAAGUCACUCCUGAUGUCCGCUGGUGCCAGUCCAGUGGGCAAGCCUAGCCUGCGUCCAUCAUCUAUCGGUACCAGUCCGGUAGUCAAGACAACCGUCGAUACCCGUUCGGCGGCCAAGAAUUCCAAGAUGUCUGCCGGCACCCGUCCGGUGGUCAAGUUGCACGAGAUACCUGCCGGUUCCCAUCCGGGGGUCGAAGCCAACCUGAUGCCCAUCGGUUCCUGUCCGGUGGUCAAGUCCUUUCAGAUGUCUGCCGGUUCCCGUCCGGUGGAUAAAUCACUCCUGAUGUCCGCUGGUGCCAGUCCAGUGGCCAAGCCGAUCCUGCGCCCAACGUCUAUCGGUACCAGCCCGGUAGUCAAGCCAACCGUCGAUACCCGUUCGGCGGCCAAGACGCCCAAGACGCCCAAGAUGUUUGCCGGUCCUCCUCCGGUAGCCACGCCGAUCCCGAUGUCCACUGGAACCAGUCCGGUGGGCAAUUGCGCUCCGACCGUCGGUUCCCGUCCGACGCUCAAACCGAAUCCGAUGUCCGCUGGAAGCAGUCCAGUAGACAGUUCCGCCCUCAAGUGUGCCGGUUCGUAUCCGGCAACCAAACUGAAGUUGAUGCCCAUCGGUGCCCGUCCGGUGGUCAAGUCCGUCCAGAUGUCUGCCGGUUCCUGUCCGGUGGUCAAUCCACUUCCUGAAUACGCUGGUACCAGUCCAGUACGAAAACGAAUCCUGACAUCUGCCGGUGCCCGUCCGGUGAUGAAGUCCAUCCUCCGAUCCACCGGUGCCCGUCCGGUGUUCAAUAUUUUCCAGAUGGCCGUUGGAACCUACCCGAUGGUCGUGCGUGUCCUGAUUCCCACCGGUGUCAGUCCGGUAACCAAGCUGUGGUCUGUCGGCACCUGCCCGAUGGCCAAGAUGUUCCUGAAGCCCGUCGGUACCAAUCCGAUAAUCAAGCCAUUUCCAAAGUCCACUGGAACCGGUCUAGUGGUGAAGCCGACCGAGUUGUUCGCCAGAACUAGUCCGGCAGCCAAGCCCUUCGUAAUGUCAGCCGGUCUCUACCCGGUAACCAAGCCAUUGUUGAUGUUCGCUGGAAGCCGUCCAGUGGACAAACCCGUCCCGAAGCCUGCCGGUACCCGUCCGGUGACCAAGUCAAGCCUGAUGUCAACCGGCACUCCUACAGUGAAUCCGUCGGUUCUCCUUCCUGUUAUGUCUGCCGGCAUCCAGCGAAUUGCGAAGCCCAUUCCGAAGAUUGAGAUGUGUCUAACCAGAAAGCGAAGCCCACCGACAGUCGGAAUCCUUCCGGCACUCAAGCGAAUCCAGAGCCUAGAAGAACGAGUCCCAAGCCCGAAGAUAGCCGGAACUUGUCCGGUAGUUAGAGAACCUCCCGAGAAGAAGAAUUGGAUCGUGGUGUUGUCGAUGAUGAACCAACCACCACUGGAUCCGCCGCCGGUCAGCCCGACUGGUGAAUGCAAGCAGCUCCAUUCCGAUCCAAGGCCGAGGAAGCCUCCCGAUGGACUAUCCAAGCGAUCCCGAUCCAGUGAAGCCAUCCCAGAGCGCGUGUCCCGAACGUGUCCACCCAACGACCCGAAGAAAGACGAGCCAGACGCCACAGGUGAGCAAGCAUUCGAUCUGUGGUGUGUGAAUUUCCUAUCCUGGCUUUGA